CGGGUGUUGGAAUAGCUGUUAUCAGUUAUCACGCAAAUAUUAUUUUAGAAAUAUACUAUUGAACUUUUCACAACUGCUGACAAUUGUCUUAUUUCGCCACCACCAUAAUGUUUCGUUGCAUAUUUUUCAUACUUUUCGUUUCAGCUAUCCAAACUGCAGUUGAAGCAGUUCCAAAAUGUACAGGACUAGAAUUGGUCACUUGUGCCUUCCUGGUUGACGGUGAUAAGACAACAAAAAAUGGAAUGGCUGAAAAUGAGGCAGAAUUGUUAGAAAAAUGCAAACAAAGUUUGCCAAUUCUAAAAUGUCUGAAUGAUUUUGCUAUCAACUGCCCACAUUCUGAGUUAGAGAGGUUGAGUGUAUUCUUUCAAGAAGAAUAUAAGAUGUUCAAUAGAAUAUGUGAUAAAAAUGAUCCCAUUCAAAAGAAAUACUUGGCGAACGCAGAAUGUAUAAAUAAACACCGAAAAAAGACGGAGAAAAAGUGUGGAGCUCUCUUAGAGUUUGAAGAAGCGGAAGUUUUCAACAAAAAUCACUGCGAUGCUUAUCAAAGCAGCUAUAAAUGUGCUGAGAAUGAAAUUGGUAAGAAUUGUGGGAAAGUAACUGUUGAAUUUGAAAAAGAAAUCUGGUCCCCAGUGACGAAAUUUAUGGAUAACGUCUGCUCGGAAUUCCAGCCAGCAUUCAUAAAAUAUGUUCCAGAAAUUCGACAAAAAUACUCAAUUUAUUAGUUAUAUCGUUUAAUAACGCACAUAGCUUGCUUCCCAAAAAUAAAUUUCUUUUAUUUUUUUGAUGAAAACUUGAACUUUAGUAUCUUUCAAACUAAAUUAUAUAUCACUAAUGUUUUAAUUAAUUUUUUUCGUCAAAUUAGAAACAAUUAAACUCUAAAACACAGAAAUUAAAAAUUCUCAUUUUGGUUACUUGUUCCUUUGUUUUUAACUCAAUGAGAAAAUAUUGGUAAACCUUACAGAAUGAGAUAUUUGAUUUUGAUACACUUCAGUGAAAACUGUUUUUAAUAAAUUACUACACUUGUAGAAUAAAUUUUCCAACAACGCGCAAUGUUAUUGAUAGCAUGUGAUGACUUUUUCUAUGGUGCUGCCAUCUCUUAAAGAUCAUAAAGUUGAUCGUGAUAUGUUUUUUUCACUGAAUAAUUUUUUCCAUAAAAUCAAACAUCUGAUUACUGGGAUGUUGUGUGAUAUUCCGUUUCAUUAAGUGCUAUAACAUAUGUACGGUUCUUUAAAAUGAACAACUCUUCUUUGUACAAGUCAUACAAAAUCAAAGUAUUAGAAAUAACUGAAAAGCUAUUACAAUUUUACAUUUUGGUGCUGCCAUCUAUUAACAUUUAUAUAAAAAAAAGUAUAUGGUGUGACUGAGUGAUUUUGAAUACGAUGUUUAUUAGAGCCUAAUUUUUCCUAAAUUAAACUCUUUAUAAUCGAGGGUGAAAAUAAUAAUUUUCUUUAUAAGAUGUAAUCAAAUAUUUGAAAUAAAUUUCCACAGUAUGCCUUACUGAUUAUUAAUAUAUAUGAACAAUCUCAUUUUUUUUAUAAAUUUUAAAUGAUAUGUAUUCUGUAUGAUUUGAGAUAUAUUCAAGUCAGACACUGGCCCCCAUUUAGAUUUACAGAGGCUAUAGAUGCAGAACCAUCGGAGGCCCGCUUGCUAUGCCAUUUAAAAAUAAUGUACAUUAUUUAUUUCAAUCAUUGUUUAUUUUAAUUUUUGCUUUAAAUUCUUUAUUUCUUGAAACUUUUCUUGUAUAUAAGUAUCUCUUGAAGAAAAAAAACAAGGUAUUAUUUGCAUAAUUCAAGGGAUGCGUGAACCGAGUCUCUCAGGACCCAUAAUAUUAUAUCAAGCAGUGGAUCAAUCCAGGUUUUAUGGGUUGCGGCAACUGACUAAAUUUACCUGAAGUUAGUCAUAACACAAAUUUGAUAGGGAAUCGUUUACCCUUAAUAAACAGAAUCUUUGUUUGCCAAGCUUUUACCCUUUACAAGCAAAAAAAUUACGGCAAAGGGCCUUGUUAUGGAAAACUUGGUACUAAGGCCAGAACUUCGGUUUUGUGCUUCCUUUAUAAAUGUGACUUUCUUUGACAACAUUAUACGUUAAAAAAUAUGAAUAAUGGUCUAAUAAUAAUUAUGAAAUAAUCAUAAUAGUAUUUUUUCUCAUUAUCUUAGAUUUAUGGUUAAAUUUAGGAUUUGAAUUUUCUUGAUCAUUUUUUUUUAACAAACUUUUGAUGAUAGAAUGUCAUUUGACGGCCCUAUAACUUUCAAGAAUGAAAACAUGGCAAUGGGAAGUUGGGUGGCUUUUUUCGUAGUCAUCUUGGAUUUAUUGUUAAGUAUUUGAUAUGCGUUUUCUAGACGAUUUUUUUUUCUUUUUGUGUUUAACCAACUUUUGAUGAAAAAGUGCCAUUUUAUAGCACUAUACCUUUCAAAAAUGAUGCAACAUAGUAAUAUAUUAAAUGACAUUUUUCUCGC